ACCACACGAUGCGCACUGUGCUUUUCAUGGCAAAGACAGAGUUCCUAAAGCUUCAUGAAGAACCAGACUGGAAUUUCAUCAUAGCAAAGCAGGACCAAAUUGCUUUUUUGUUUGGUGUGGAUGAUCACUGGGGCCCACUGACUCACUUAGAAGAGAUCUCAAGGCAUGCUCCGGGGGUUGCCCUGUCAAUAGAGAAAGAGGGUCACACACAUGGCUACUGUUGCAGGGAGGCUGGAUCCUUCUGGGUUGCUGACUACGCCGCGGACUUGAUUAAAAAUCGGAUGCUCGUUAGAGAUAGCUGAUGACAUACAAUUGUCUUAUU